AUGGGUAGCAACCCGGGCCAGAAGUACCGCAUUGUCGUCGGCUGCGACGAGGCCGGCAUCAAGUACAAAGAUACGAUCAAGGCAGACUUUGAGAAGGAUGCCAGAGUAGAAUUUGUCGAAGACGUUGGUAGCCACGAGGGCACCGACAAGACCGCAUACCCCCACAGAGCCGCCGCCGCAGCACAGAUGGUCGCUGACGGCAAGGCCGAUCGUGCCCUUCUCAUCUGCGGCACUGGACUCGGCAUGGCCAUCGCCGCCAACAAGGUCAAAGGCAUCCGAGCCGUCACAGCACACGACAGCUUCAGUGUAGAGCGCUCGAUUCUGAGCAAUGAUGCCCAGGUUCUGUGUAUGGGCGAGAGAGUGAUUGGCCAGGAGCUUGCCAGACGACUUGCGAAGGAGUGGUUGAGUUAUGAGUUCGACCCCAAGAGCGGCAGUGCCGCAAAGGUCCAGGUUAUCAACAGCCUGGAAGCCUAG